GUUACUGGUCAUUUAGAUGACUGCACCUGUGAUGUAGAAACCAUUGAUGCCUUCAACAACUACAAGCUUUUUCCUAGACUGAAUGAACUUCUGGAAAGUGACUAUUUUAGAUACUACAAGGUAAACCUGAAGAAACCUUGUCCUUUUUGGAAUGACAACAGUCACUGUGGAAUAAGAGACUGUGCCGUAAAGCCCUGCCCAUCUGAUGAAGUCCCUGAUGGAAUCAGAUCGGGAAGUUACAAGUAUUCGGAAGAAGCCAAUAACCUUGCUGAAGAAUGUGAAGAAGCAAAGAGACUUGGAGCUGUUGAUGGCUCUUUGAGCAAGGAAACCCAGCAGGCAGUGCUCCAGUGGACUCGGCACGAUGACUCUUCAGACAGCUUCUGCGAAGCUGAUGACAUCUAUUCUCCUGAUGCGGAGUACGUGGAUUUACUCCUGAAUCCUGAACGCUAUACUGGCUACAAAGGACCGGAUGCCUGGAAAAUUUGGAACAGUAUUUACGAAGAAAACUGCUUCAAGCCUCAGAAUGUAAAAAGACCUUUGGCAUCUGGUAGAGGAGAUGAUGGAGGGCAUACGUUUUACAAGUGGCUGAAAGAUGUCUGUGUAGAGAAACGAGCUUUCUACAGACUCAUUUCUGGUCUCCAUGCAAGCAUCAACAUCCAUUUGAGCGCCAGGUACCUUUUACAAGAUACGUGGUCAGAGAAGAAAUGGGGCCCCAACGUUACAGAGUUCCAGCAGAGAUUUGAUGAAGUCAUCACCAGAGGGGAAGGUCCCAGAAGACUCAAGAACCUGUAUUUUCUCUACCUGAUAGAGCUGCGGGCCCUAUCCAAAGUGCUGCCGUUCUUUGAGCGCCCAGGUUUCCAGCUGUAUACGGGGAAUAAAAGUCAAGAUGCGGAAAUGAAAAACCUAUUGCUGGAAAUUCUCCGUCUGGCCAAGUCUUUCCCACUGCAUUUCGAUGAAAACUCAUUCUUUGCAGGGAAUAAAAAGGAAGCUGCUAAACUAAAGGAGGAAUUUAGGCUACACUUUAAGAAUAUUUCUAAGAUAAUGGACUGUGUUGGCUGCUUCAAAUGUCGCCUGUGGGGGAAGUUGCAGACGCAGGGCUUGGGUACAGUGCUGAAGAUCCUCUUUUCUGAAAACCUGAUAGAAAAGAUACCUGAAAGUGGCCCUUCCUAUGGAUUCCAGCUGACAAGACAAGAAAUCGUUGCCUUAUUUAAUGCUUUUGGAAGGAUUUCAACAAGCGUUAGAGAACUGGAAAACUUCAGGAACAUCUUACGAAAUAUGCGGUGAAUUCAUUGGAGAAAGAGAGACUCAAACUUUUACUGCUUGGCUGUUCUGGGUUCU